UAAAAAUGGUAAUUAUCUCUCAAUGUCGUUUAUUCUAGCCUCCUCCGAACGAACACACCAAACUUCUAAAACCUUGGCACAUCAAACAGACACAAAGAGACAAAUAUUGGAAGAAAUGGGAACAGGACCUCCUCAUCAACGCUGUUCAGGAAAAUGCCUGGGAAAUAAUACUGAAGCCCUUCAUGAACAAAAUUGAAAUCUAUACGGAUAAGCUUUUGACAAGUAAGGAAAGCAGUACAAGUGCGAAACUCCAGCAGAAACUCGACCAGCUAAGACAAGAGAUGGCACAAGUGGAACAGAAAGAUAUCAACAGCUUCUUCGAUGAAGAUGGUGACUUUGAAGACAAAUUGGACUGGAUGAAAAUUGCCAAUUUAACAUUCUGUGAUAGACACUCUGAAUUUUCCUGUCGGCUGAUGUGGCGGAAUUGGUUACAACCUGGCAUUAACAAGAAACCCUGGACCAAGGAGGAGACAAUGCGGCUCAGAAAAUUAGUGGAGCUUCAUGGACGGCACCAAUGGCAGAGAAUUGCCAAAGAACUGAAUACCAAUCGCACACCUAUGCAUUGUUUGCAGCAUUACAGGCGAGAACUUGACUCCUUCACUAAACGGGGCUGGACAGAAGAAGAAGACAAAAUUUUGAAAGAAGUUGUCGAAAGCUGUCGUAUUGGCAAUCGUAUUCCUUGGAACCAAGUGUCAUUCUAUAUGGAAGGCCGUAGUAAUACUGCCUGUAUUGCUCGCUGGACGGUGUUGGAUCCGAGCAUCAAGCAUGGUCGAUGGACACAGGAAGAAGAUUCUGUAAGUAUUCUGUGGUCUUUUACGGGCCUGUUACUCAUUUAUGUCUCAAAUUGGUGCCUAUAA